AUGGCCGACAACAACCCCGACGCCGCGGGUGACGACCAGGUGACCUUCAAGGUCAAGACCUCGGGCGACAAGACGCACUCCAUCACCAUGGCCCAGGCCGCCACCGUUGCCCAGCUCAAGGAGAAGCUCGCCGGCUCCGACUUUGAGGACAUCCCCAUCGAGCGCCAGCGCCUCAUCUACUCGGGCCGUGUCAUGAAGAACGAGGAGCCCCUCAGCACCUACAAGAUCAAGACGGGCAACACCGUCCACCUCGUCAAGAGCGCCGCGAGCAACCCAACCCCGCAGCCUCCUGCCUCCAGCACUUCCACUCCUGCCGCCCCGCAGGUUCCUCAGAACAUGUCCGCCGGUACCUCGGCAGGCAAUCUCCUCGCAGGCCUUACUGGCGCGCGGUAUGCGGGCUUGACCGGCCUUCCUUCGGCGUCCGCAUUUGGGCCUGAUGGUGGCAUGACCGGCAUGGGAGGCAUGAGUGAGGACGACCUCGCCAGAAUGAUGGAGGACCCCGCCACCAUGCAGCACAUGAACGAGAUGAUGAACAGCGACGCGUUUCUUCAGAUGAUUGAGCAGCACCCCAACUUCCGCGACAAUCCGGCGGCCUUGGCCAUGAUCCGCGACCCCAACAUGCGACGGAUGAUGUUCAACCCGCAGACGAUCCGGAUGGCCUCCCAAUUACAACGACAGCAGCGACAGGCCGCUGGCGCCGCCUCUGCGUUUCCUAUGCCCGGUACGACUGACAACACCCCAUCCGAUGCCACAACGGGCAAUGCCAAUAGCAACAACCCUGCUGGCAACCCCCCGCCAUACAACCCCUUCAGCUCGCCCCUGUUCUCCGGUAUGGGUGCCGGUGCCGGUGCUGGAGGUGCGGACCCUAACGCCAACCCAUUUGGUGCGUUCUUCAAUCCAUUCGCGGGUAUGCAACCGCCGCAGGCGAGCGGUUCGCCAGCGCCUGGGCAAGGCACUACAAACACCAACCCCAGCGGCACAGCCGGGUCGAACCCGACAGGCUCACCACCUCCCCAAGCCAACCCCUUCGCCAGCCUCUUUGGUGCUGGUGCUGGCGCUGGUGCCGGUGCUGGCCUGGGAGCGAACCCCUUUGGAGGCAUGCCACCACCGAACCCCGAGUGGAUGGCGCAGUUCCUGCGAGCGAUGGAGGGAGGCGGCGGCGGCCUAGGCUCACCACCUGCGCCACAGGACGACCGGCCGCCAGAGGAGCGGUACGCUGAUCAGCUGCGGCAGCUGAACGACAUGGGUUUCUAUGACUUUGACAGGAAUGUCGCGGCAUUAAGACGGAGUGGCGGCAGCGUGCAGGGCGCUAUUGAGCACCUGCUGGGCUAG